AUGAAGGAACUGGACAAGAGCCUGAAGUAUAUAUUGCCAGUGGGUACGCUGGGGAAACUGCAGUAUACUCUGGCUGAAGUGCCCUUCUUGCAGGAUCAACAUCUUGUACUGAAGCUGAGUAGCAUACUCACUGACAAUGAAGGUAACGCUGUCAACCUUGCUCCAUCCGAGCUGACCUCUCUCCCUCCGAUGGCAGAUGAAACUUCCCGUCUGCUUCUUUCUGGCAAUGCCCUUUCCUCUGUGAUUAAGAUGGUUGCGGCGAAAGGAGAGCUCGACACAGUCCUCACCAAUGAAGUGCUUUCUGGGAUUGUCCCCAUGACCACCUCAGCUCUUCAUUCUGUGCUACCUCAGGUGUCUCGGCUUCUACCGAAAGAUCAGCCUCUGGUGAUCAAGAUUAAACUUAGUGACGUUCCAGUUGUGUCUUUGCAAAAUGGCGAGGCCAGAGUGACCCUGAAAGCCACCAUUGAAGUCUUAGCCCGCACCAGGUCUGGCCUCACUCCCCUCUUUAAGGUGGACGCUGAUAUCCACUUGGUUGGAAAGGCUAGCAUUACAGAAGGCAAGUUGGGCAUCGCCUUUUUCUUGGAAAGGGUCUUCCUCAGACUUAUUUCCUCUGAAAUUGGCAACUUUGAUAUUAAACUCGUUGAAAACUGGAUGAAGACCAUUCUUCAGGUUGAAUACAUGCGGGUGAUCAACGCCCUGAAUAUAGAACUCCCUCUCCCGAAAUUCUCCACUAUGGGCUAUGCUAACGGUGUGGUCGAUAUCUCUGAGAACACAAUCGUGGUGCACUGGUGCCAUAAAUCCUUAAAGAAGAUGGACCCAAAUAGCUGCAGAGGGACUUCAAGGCAGAACAGGACUCCUUUCUUGCUCUUUCGUGUGGCAACUUGGAAAAAGGUGUGAACAACAGAAAAAAAAUGCCAGCUUUAUCCUAAUCUCAGUUUCUCCCUAAGCUGCAGUCCUGCUGUGGUCCCAUGUAAAAAUAAUGCUUUUCUGUGUCCAUUUGGUCAUGGAGAGAUGGAGGCCUAGAAUUGUCACCUGGCUCUUCCCAGUCAAUAAAAGAUGCCUU